AAUCUAAUGUGUGCGUGACGUCACGGGAACCCGGAAGUGAAGCGAGACGCGCUGAGCACGUGGAGCAAUGCUGGACAGGGCGCUGUCCAGGGUGCUGAACGGGGGCAGCUCGCUGUCCAUGGUGCUGAACGGGGGCAGCUCGCUGUCCAGGGUGCUGAACGGGGGCAGCUCGCUGUCCAGGGUGCUGAACGGCGGGAGGGCGCUGUCCAGGGUGCUGAACGGCGGGAGGGCGCUGUCCAGGGCGCCGACGGAGGGCAGCUGCCAUGCGUGGGCAGUAAGAAGGCCAUGCCCGAGGGUGGGGCUAGGGGCGGCGGGGCAGCAUACGGGGGCAGCGGGGCAGGGCCCGGGAGAGGAAGGAGGAGGAGGUGGGCAGCAGCAGCAGCAGCAGCAGGCGUGGCCAGCAGCGCGCAGCGUCCGGGAGCUGCUCGGCAGCAGUGAGCACGGCGCGGCAGUCACGGUGCAGGGCUGGGUGCAGUCUGUGCGCUCGCAGAAGGACGUGGUGUUCGUGGACGUGUCCGACGGUUCGUGCGUGACCCCAGUGCAGGUGGUGACCUCUCCCCAGCAGCACCAGCGUUCUCUGAAUGCCGGCUGCUCGGUGGAGGUGCGGGGGAUCUGGCAAAGCCGGGGCGAGCGGCGCAGCGGGGAGGUCCACGCGGCUCACGUCCACGUGGUCGGGGCCUGUGACUCACUGGCGUUCCCCCUGAAUCCCCGCGGGCGCCACCCUGCAGAGUUUGCGCGCCACCACCCCCACCUGCGCCCGCGCACCGCGACGUUUGCAGCGCUGCUGCGGGUGCGCCACGCGGCCACGCAAGCGCUGCACGCCCACCUGCAGGCCGAGGGCUACGUCCACGUGCACACGCCCAUCAUCACCUCCAACGACUGCGAGGGUGCCGGGGAGCUCUUCCGCGUGGAGCUUGCCGGCUCACCGGGCGGGGGCGGAGGCUCACCGGGUGAGGCCGGUGGCUCGUCAGGUGAGGCCGGUGGCUCGCCGGGUGAGGCCGGUGGCUCGCCGGGUGAGGCCAGAGGCUCGCCGGGUGAGGCCGGUGGCUCGCCGGGUGAGGCCGGUGGCUCGCGGCGCGAGAGCUUCUUCGACGUCCCAGCCUACCUCACCGUGUCCGGCCAGCUCCACCUGGAGGCGGUGGCCAGCGGGCUGGCGCGUGCGUUCUCCCUGGGUCCGACGUUCCGGGCGGAGAGCUCCAACACGCGGCACCACCUCGCCGAGUUCUACAUGCUGGAGGCGGAGCGUGCGUUCACCACGCGGAUAGAGGAGCUGACUCAGCUAAUGGAGCGUUGCUUCAAGGUGGCGACGGGCGCCAUCUUGGAAGCCUGCCCUGACGACGUCGCCCUCUUCCACAAGGUCGUGACCCCUGGGCACCGGGCCAAAGUGGAGAAGAUGCUGAUAAGCGACUUCAUCACCAUCUCGUACACGGAAGCCAUCGCCACGCUCGCCGCCCACAGGAAAUCCUUCCGCUUCCCCGUGGAGUGGGGCUGCGACCUGCACAAGGAGCACGAGCGCUUCCUGGUGGCGCACGUGGGCGGGGGCGGCGUGCCCCUCUUCGUCACCGCGUGGCCCCGCGACCUCAAGCCGUUCUACGCUCGCGACAACCAGGAGGGCGACGGCACCCGUCGCACGGUCGCCGCGGUUGACCUUUUGACCCCGGGGGUCGGGGAGCUGUGUGGGGGCAGCCUGAGGGAGGAGAGGCUGGACGUGCUGCAGGAUCGUCUCGAUUCACUGGGCCUCACGGACACCUAUCAGUGGUACCUGGAUCUCCGCCGGUUCGGCUCCACGCCGCACGGCGGUUUCGGGAUGGGGUUCGAGCGGUACCUGCAAUGCAUCCUGGGACUCGACAACAUCCGCGACGCCAUCCCCUUCCCCCGCUGGGCCCACUCCUGCGACCUUUGACCCGAAUGUAAUAUAAUGAGGUUAUCACUUUGGGGUGAGAUCGCGUAAAUAAAUGUCGAAUUGGCCACGUUCUGUUCACGUGACAACCCCUCGCUAGCUGGCUGUGUCGGGUGGCGGCGGGUUUUAACGACACAACAUUUAGAUAUUUACGCCAUCUAUCCCCAAAAAAAAAAAAUCUCUCAUGGAUGAUAUUGGCCGCGAAAGCCCUACUACUUGUUUAACCGAAUACAAGAGUGAUAUUAUUACUCCCAA